CGUAGUGAGAUUACUUAGGUUACUUUUACAAAUACAUUCCCCUAUAAAAUAAUAUCUGGCAUGAACGUAAAUCAGGCGAUAACAUCACAAUCACUUGGUAUUACUGUAAAGUGUUUUAAGCAUUUGGCUCCGCUUUAAAAGAAAAAAAACACAACAACAAACAAAAACGACAAAGUAAGAACAAUUAAUUAUACAGAGUCCCCCGCUUUGCCAUGUGAUGGUACAGUCCAUCGACGUCCUGCGCGGGAGCGGAAAACGUGCAUCACUGCGGAAAAGAAUCGCUUGGUAACACGUCCAGCAUGGCUCGGGACUGGAAACCUGGCGAUCUGAUUUUCGCCAAAAUGAAGGGUUAUCCCCACUGGCCUGCAAGAAUCGAUGAAGUCCCAGAUGGCGCUGUAAAACCUUCCAAUAUCAAGUACCCCAUCUUCUUCUUUGGCACCCAUGAAACAGCAUUCCUGGGCCCAAAAGAUAUAUAUCCAUACCUACCUAACAAAGAGAAGUACGCAAAGCCCAACAAGAGGAAAGGCUUCAAUGAAGGACUGUGGGAGAUUGAAAACAACCCAAAAGUUGAGCUCACUGCACCCAAGCCAGUUCCUCCCGAAUCUUUCACUGAAAAGGACUCAGACAGCAGCCCAGAGGGAGAGGAGGAUGCAGAUGACAAAGGGAUGAAAUCCAAGGUUCCAGGAAGUGAGGCUGAGCACAAGAAUGAGAAUGAGCAGGAGGAGCAGGAGGAGGAGGAGGAGGAGGAGGAGAAGGAAGGGUCUCUGAUCUCUGAGCAGGGUCCUCAGAACCAGGAUGGUGCAGCUCAGAAAGAAUCCUCAGAUGUUCCUAAACCCAAGAGGGGAAGAAAGAAAAAGAGUGAUGCUGACCAGGACACUGAAAAGGACGAUGCCCCUGUUAGUCCUUCAGGUGCAGAGGGUCCUAAACGAAGAGGCAGGAAGCCAAAAAGUGAGAAGUUGCUUCUGCUCCAGCAGCAGGACCAGCAAGGCUCAGGAAGUGAAAUGGACCCUGCUGAGUCAGACAGAAAGAGAAAGCGGUCACCAGAGGACAAGUCCAAGAGUGUAGAGGAGGAGAAGAGAAAGAAUAAGGAGGACAGCAAAGGGAAAGAUGCGGAGGUUAAGGAGCCUGAAGCAAAGAAGAAGAAGCAGUCUAAGGACGACAGCUCCUCUGGCUCUGACGAUGAAGAGAAAAACAAAGGCAGAAAGAAACAGCAAAAUGCAGAAAUAGACAAAGAUGCACGGCGGCGGAAAGCAGAUGAGAUGAGAGAGUCAAACAAUGUAGGGACCAAAAACGAAGAGAGGACAGUAGUUAAGAAAAAAGAAAUGUCAACAGACUUGAAACUCCAGAGACUCCACAGCGAAAUCAAGAUUUCACUGAAAAUUGACAACCCUGAUGUGAAGAAGUGUUUGGAGACGUUGGAUGAGAUUGGUGCUCUUCAGGUCACGACCCAGCACUUGCAGAAACAUAGUGAACUCAUCGUCACACUCAAAAAGGUUCGCAGAUUCAAGGCCAACCAGGACAUCGUGGACAAGGCCACCAUGUUGUAUAACAAGUUUAAGACUAUGUUUCUGGUUGGAGAAGGGGAGUGUGCGCUCAGCCAGGUGCUCAACAAGUCUUUAGCUGAGCAGCGGCAGCAUGAAGAAGCCAAGAAAGGAGCACUGAAGAGAGCUGAACAAGCCAGGGAAAACGACUCAGACAAGAUGACAAAUGGUGAUAUGAGCCCUGAAGACAAGAAGCAGGAGACGGAGAGGGAGAAGCUGCUUGAAGAUGCCUCAGCAGGAGAAAAUCACAGUGCCCCAAAAGGUCCAGAAGAGUCUGCUUGAAGAAAAGGCCGGACAUUUGCUGCUAGUACUCCUUUGUCCAAACUGCACUCACUGACUGAAGUCUGCUGUUCCUUGUGAUGACUGAUAAUGAUCACUGGUUUCCACUUUACUUACUGACAGUGUUGCUGCUCAAACGUUUCUCUACAUGAAACCCCUCCACCCCCAAGGUCAUGACUGGUUACCCAUUUUAUUUUUGUACUUUAAAAGUCAAAUGUGUAGAUCUGCAGCACUGUGAAAUUAAACCUUUGUGAGCAUGCUCACAGAGACGGGGUUAACACUGUCCUAUUUCUCUUUUAGACUAAAUGCUUUUGAUUGUGACCUCUCAUUUCAACUCAUGACAUUUACAGAAUUGGCAGUUUGUAACUUCAGUUACAGAUUAUAUAAAGUACAGGGUUUAGCUGUAGUUAGAUGUAUCAUGUCUAAUAAUAGUGGCUUUCAUAGAUGAACAUUCACUUCAGAUGCAUGAGUAAAACAUCCUCAAGUUUGGUAGUUUUCUUUUGCCAAGAAAAUUCUUUAUUCUCAACCAUGGUCAAGUGUCUGUUUUAAAGUUUUCUUUUAACACAGAUGUAAAUAAGAGUAUUUGGUGCCUGUCUGACCAGUUUUAGCAUCCAGUAAUAAAGUAGUACAUGUGA